AAUCUGCACUCAGCAAUUAUAAAAUGUUUAACUUCUUAAAUAGGAAAGACGUCAGAAUGAUUCUCAAGCGCAAAGACAGCGAUGCCGGCGAGAAAGGUACAUUUUUUCUUUCUUUUUUUAAGAAUGCAGGAAGAGCUUUGGAAGACUUGAGAGCCUCUCUCUUUAAUCGAUUCCGUUCCUCCGAAGGUUCAAAACGUCAACAGCAGCGUAUAUGUGGUCCAGCUACUGCACUUUCCUUCAAUUUUCUGGUUGCAAUUGGUAUUAUUUUCAUGAACAAAAUGGUGCUUCAAACUAUUAAAUUCAAAUUUCCUAUACUUCUCACACUAAUUCACUAUUUAGUGAGCUGGUUCUUAAUGGCUGUACUAAAUCAAUUUUCUUUACUUCCUGCAUCUCCUUCCUCAAAAUCAACUCCCUUGUCUACUUUAUUUACUCUUGGAUUUGUUAUGUCUCUAUCUACUGGCUUUGCUAAUGUCAGCUUGAAGUAUAAUAGCAUUGGUUUCUAUCAGAUGGCAAAGAUUGCAGUGACACCGUCAAUAGUUUUGGCAGAAUUUGUAUUGUAUAGGAAGAAAGUUUCUUUGGCCAAGGCAUUAGCAUUAACGGUGGUAUCUAUUGGUGUUGCUGUGGCUACGGUGACUGAUCUGCAGUUCCACGUAUUUGGUGCUUGUGUAGCGUUGGCCUGGAUUGUUCCUAGUGCCGUAAACAAAAUCCUCUGGUCUAGACUACAGCAGCAAGAGAACUGGACAGCUUUGUCGCUGAUGUGGAAAACAACACCUAUUACUUUGAUUUUCUUGGCUGCUAUGUUACCCUGCUUAGACCCUCCAGGUGUACUGUCCUUUGAUUGGAACUUCGGAAACACUUUGGUGAUUUUCGCAUCAGCUAUUCUAGGAUUCUUGCUUCAGUGGUCUGGUGCUCUAGCACUAGGUGCUACAUCUGCCAUUUCGCACGUAGUACUUGGACAGUUUAAGACAUGCGUUCUCCUCCUAGGAAACUAUUAUCUCUUUGGAUCCAAUCCUGGCAAAAUCAGCAUCUGUGGAGCAUUCACAGCUAUUGCUGGCAUGUCCGUUUACACUUACCUUAAUCUGAUACAGCAAUCAAACAAGAUAUCUCCUCGACAGGCUUCCACUUUACCAAAAUCUAAACUCGGUAAAGAAAAUGGCAGCACCCAUGAUGGACAUUACGGGGCAGAGUCUGUCUAACUAUAUGCAUGACUCUGCAUUACAUGC